UCAGUACUAAGAUUUCAGUAGUCAUUAGUCAUUACUCAAUAGUCAUUAGUAAUUUAAAUCAUUCUAGUGCGAAAUUAUUCUUAGCGCUAAGAAGUGGCAGUUUUUACGUUACUUGAUUUAAUGCUACAAAAAGAUUAUAAAAUAGGUGUUUGACUAAAAAUAAGGUAACUUUUGUUUACAUAGAUGUUAUGGAUAGUAUUCCGUCGGUUAAUCCUCGUCUAGAAAAAUUAAUCGACGAUACAUGGCGUCAAGAUAAAUUGCCAUUUGAUGAAAUCAUAGUGCCGAUUAAAGAAUUACCUGAUCCUGAAGCAGACGCCACUGAUGCACAUUUAACACUAACUCAACAGGAUACUAAGUGGUCUGAUUUAGCUUUGUCGAACAUACUAAGCGACAAUCCAUUACCUCCGCCGCCUAGGAUUUAG